UUGGGUCGAGUAGAACAAUCAAUCGGCUGCGAAUUUAUAAAGUCGACCGACGCGUAUUAUUCAAUAGGGACUUUUAGAUGUGUGUGGACUAAAAGUGCAUUGCAUUAAAUGGACGUCGAUCGUAGCAAUCAACAUUUGUCUUCGUGCAAAUCUAAAAGUCCCUAUUAUUACUGUAUUAGUCAACGAACUACACAGUUGGUGUAAAAUAUGCCUUGCUCGUUGCCCAUUCCAGCAUUGGCUAUUUAGGCUUUCCAACUACUACUUUCACCGGUUCUCUGCAAUGUGGCGUUGCUUCCGUUAGCAUGCAGUCAGCCCAAUGAACUUAUCCAUGUAUUUUUGAUGCGUUGUCUCUCUCUGAUAAACGACUAGUUUUCCCAAAUCCGUUCUUUCCCGCUGCUAUCGGAAGAUACGAAAUGUUUUAAGGACCUCGCAUGUACAAGGAAAUGUCCAAGACGAGCUAGCUGGUACCAUCCUUGGGUGUUUCCUAAAGAUUGCAUCAUUGAUAACACAAAGCCUUUAAGUCAACCACAAUGGGUUCAAACGCUUGCAUCAGCUUCCUGAAGACCCUUAGCCGGAAGAAGCAGUUCGGCGAUGAAGACACGUAUUCCACACCUUUGCGACGUUACCUGAGCACGCUUGACCUGACCUUCCUGGGCAUUGGUUCCAUGUUCGGAGCAGGGUUGUAUGUCCUAACUGGAACUGUUGCCAAGGAGUAUGCUGGACCUGCCGUGUUCGUCUCGUACUUCAUCGCCGGCCUCGCCUCCUUGUUCGCUUCGUUAUGCUACGCAGAGUUCUCGUGUCGCAUCCCCAGGACUGGUUCUGCUUACCUCUUCACCUACGUCACCAUCGGUGAGCUUUGGGCGUUCCUCAUCGGAUGGAACAUGAUUCUGGAGUACACUGCUUCUGCAGCUUCGGUCGGACGUUCCUUCAGUGGUUACAUCGAUGAACUGUCCAACGGAGCAUACUCUAAUUUCACUAUAACCUAUGUGAUGGGCAAUAAAACAUGGGAUGUGCCUUUCAUAGCUCCCUACCCCGAUAUCCUAGGAGCAGGAUAUUGUCUGUUCGUCAUGAUCUUUGUUCUGCUUGGGGUAGGAACAUCUUCCAUUCUGAACAAUAUCUUCCUACUAAUAAACGUUGUUGCUGUGGGGAUCAUCAUCGGGUUGGGGGCAAAGUACGCCGAUAUUAGUAACUGGCAAGAGGAUGGUGGGUUCGCUCCAUAUGGUUUCCAGGGGAUAAUAACAGGAGCAGCGACAUGUUUUUAUUCUUUUGUUGGUUUCGACGUCAUUGCAAUAUCAAGUGAGGAGACUCUGAACCCACGUAAAAGUAUACCCAUCGCUAUGGUUUCGUCCAUUGUUAUCAUAACAGUGGUAUACAUGAUCCCAUCAGCAAUAUUGACACUCAUGAUACCGUACCAGGAAAUCAACGCCGCUUCGGCCUUUUCGCAGGCGUUCGCUUACAACGGUGUCUUGUGGGCCAAGUGGGCUGUUGGAGUUGGAGCGAUAUGUGCCACUUUUACUUGUAUUUUAACAUCCCUCUUUUGUUUACCCCGGUCCUUGUACGCAAUGGCAUCGGACGGACUUCUUUUUGAAUGCUUUGCUACAGUCAACAGCAGGACACAAGUACCUGUUACCGCCGGGAUCAUAUUUGGAUUCUUUGUUGCCCUCCUCGACAUUUUCUUCACAUUGGUAGACCUUGUGGCAUUUCUAUCAAUCGGUGUUCUAUGCGCGUAUGGCAUUGUAGCAGCUUCAAUUGUGAUCUUGCGAUACAGGCCCGGAGGCUAUAACAUCAACUUAAGCAUUCAGGACUCUUUUUUAUCAGAUCAGGAUGGUACGAAAGGAGAAAUCCAUACCUUGAUACCUCUGCGCUCCUCAACAUCAACUGAACCCAUCUUGAGUCACUCGGACAGUGCGCACGAUCUUCAUCUUGCAGGGGCACUCAAGGAAAAAUACAGAGGAUGGCCAAUCUUGUGGCGGCUCUAUGGUUACCCACCAGGAAAGGUUGUCCUAGUGGCUCUUCUAAUCGGGAUCCUUUUAGGCGUAGGGGCCAUGUCCCUGGGGCUCCACGGCUACGAGUACUUGUUCGCUUUGGAGUGGUGGGCUAUCCUUCUAAUGAUCGUACUGUUAACUGCGAGCCUUGUUUGCUUUAGUGUAAUACCUCUGCAUUAUCAGAACGACCCCGGAGAGCAGUUUAGCGUUCCUUUCGUACCACUGAUCCCUAUUCUAAGCGUCCUUUUAAACUGCGGGUUGAUGCUCAUGCUCACGUGGAUCACAUGGAUCCGUUUUGCUGUAUGGAUGGCAUUAGGUUUGCUGAUCUAUGGCUUCUAUGGCUACAAACACAGCAAGGUGGGAUUGCAGGAGAGACGGGAGGCAGAGGAAGAGCAAUUCGUCACACAGACAAGUCCAACGCCCUCUUACGGUAGUCUACCGAACGACGGAAACGGUCUCAUGACACCAAGCUGAUAAACAUAGAUAUUGUUAUUUGUUUUAAAGCAGAUGUUUCUGCAUUUAUUGAUAAAUCAAAUAUAAAACAUUCAAAUAACAAUAAUA